UCUACAUAAAAUUCCCAGAGGAAAAUGACAGCAGAAAAUCACUCUACAGUGACCGAGUUCAUCCUCGCUGGGCUAACAAAGAAACCAGAACUCCAGCUGCCCCUUUUCUUCCUCUUCCUAGGAAUCUAUGUGGUCACUGUGGUGGGGAACCUGGGCAUGAUCACGCUGAUAAGGCUCAGUGCUCACUUGCACACCCCCCUGUACUACCUCCUCAGUAGCUUGUCCUUCAUUGGUCUCUGCCAUUCCACUGUCAUUACCCCCAAAAUGCUGGUGAACUUUGUGACAGAGAGGAAUAUUAUCUCCUACCAAGCAUGCAUGACUCAGCUCUACUUCUUCCUUGUAUUUGUUAUAUCAGAAUGUCACAUGUUGGCUGCAAUGGCAUAUGACUGCUAUGUUGCCAUCUGUAACCCAUUGCUUUACAAUGUCAUCAUGUCUUAUCAGGUUGGCUCUGGGAUGGUAGUUGGGGUAUAUAUCAUGGGCUUGACUGGUGCCACAGCUCACACUGGCUGCAUGUUAAGAGUGCUUUUCUGCAAAGCUGAUAGGAUCAACCAUUACUUCUGUGAUCUCUUCCCACUCCUGGAGCUUUCCUGCUCCAGCACUUACAUUAAUGAGGUGGUAGUUUUGUGUUUCAGUGCAUUUAAUAUCCUUGCCCCUAGCCUGACGAUCCUUAGCUCCUACGCCUUCAUCCUGUCCAGCAUCCUCCGCAUCCGCUCCACUGAAGGCAGGUCCAAAGCCUUCAGCACCUGCAGCUCCCACAUCACAGCUGUGGCUGUCUUCUAUGGACCUGCUGCUUUCAUGUACCUGCAGCCAUCAUCUGUGAGCUCCAUGGACCAAGGGAAAGUGUCCUCUGUGUUUUAUACCAUCAUUGUGCCCAUGCUGAACCCCCUGAUCUAUAGCCUGUGGAAUAAGGAUGUCAAGGUUGCCCUAAACAAGAUCCUUGAAAAAAGAAGAAAAGGGGUAUUUUGCCUGAGCAAAAAUUUAUAAUUCUCCAAUGAGGUUUGAUAAGGAAACAGUCCAAAGACAGCAAUGUAUGUCUACAAGUAAUGAGAUUGUUGUGACUACCUGAUAAUUUGGAAAAACAGUGUAGGAGGAGACUGGAUUCAUCGUGCCAGUCAUAUGGAAAGCAGGACCAUACAAUGGCAUGUUUUGGACAUAGAAUUGGACACCACAUGUACAUCAGAGAGCACCAAGUAUACUGGGGUUAGAAAGCACAGUGCAAACAAAUAAAAUUUGCAGAAUUAGAGUAUC